UUAUUACACAGCUCUUAUCAUAAACCUUUAUUAUAGGGCCACUAAUGAUAUUCGAAUGUAUCACGGGAAGAUGCGUCUUGACGCCACGUCAUGACGUUUAAUUACAGCGCCUGGAUACGUUAUGAAAGCGAGAACCCUAGAACUGACAUAUUUUUUUCUCAACUAGCGUGUAUGAAUCUUAACUAAUUAAGUUGGUUAAGGAAUUAUCACACCAAGAUACAAUCUCUUCGUUCAACAUAACCAUUCCUCCUGUCCCCUCGUCAUGCUAGAGGAGGAUGAUUUAACGCCAAAUCGUAUGUCAAACCAAAUGUGGAGCAGCAAUGGCGAGUUUGUGCCUCCUGACGGAAUAUGCUGGGUGUCUGUUCUGUCAUGUUUUCUGCUUGCAUGUUCCUACGUUGGGAGCUUAUAUGUUUGGAGAAAUGACUUACCAAGGGACCACCCGGCCGUUAUUAAGAGACGCUUCACCAGUGUCCUAAUCGUAUCUGCCCUGUCACCGGUCUUCGUCUGGGCAUGGAAAGUGUACACGGGUGUGAUGCCUGGCCCGUCGUUGCUGGCUCUGAUGGGUGUUCGCUUUGAGGGCCUUAUCCCGGCCGUGGUUCUGCCUCUGCUUCUCACCAUGGUGCUGUUCCUUGGCCCACUCAUCCAGCUGGCAGUGGACUGUCCCUGGGGUGUCAUGGAUGGGAUAUGGGUGGCCCUUGACCCGUGCUUCUGGGCUCUGUGUCUCAGCGACAUGCGCUGGCUUAGGAACCAGGUGGUGGCUCCACUGACCGAGGAGCUGGUUUUCCGGGCCUGUAUGCUGCCCAUGUUGGUGCCCUGUGCCAGCCCCUCGACUGCCAUUUUCACAUGCCCUCUGUUCUUCGGAGUGGCUCACUUUCAUCAUGUGAUCGAGCUGUUGCGGUUCAGACAGGGCACUGUGUCUGGGAUCUUCAUGGCUGCAGUGUUUCAGUUCUCCUACACGGCUGUCUUCGGGGCCUACACUGCCUUCUUAUUCAUCAGAACAGGUCACCUGGUAGGACCGGUGCUGUGCCACUCCUUCUGUAAUCACAUGGGAUUCCCGGCUCUAAGCACCGCCCUGGAGCACCCGUACCGCACCGCCGUCCUCUCCUGCUACGUGCUGGGGGUCCUCCUGUUCCUCCUACUCCUCUUCCCCCUCACAGACCCCGUCUACUACGGCCUCCCUACCCCGGUCUGCACCCUGGCCUCGGUACCCAGCUCCCUCUGCACCUCCUGAUCCGGUUCCCCCGACGCCCACGCUUCUGUUACGACACGGACUGAUCCGCCGCUGGCCCGAAGAAGGAGCAGCCCGCGUGGUCCGAGAGCCAAGGAUUGGCCCGCUUGGAUUGGCUAGCUCUUUUGGGGGGGGGGGGGGGUGGGAAGAGCAAGGGGGAGUGUGGUGCGUUCAGGUACGGGCAGUCAGUGCCAUGGAUGGUCUCUGUCAUGGCUGCUCCCUGGGGCAGUAGAGUAUCUUAACUGGCCUGUCUGUGGUCUGUAUUGUAGACUUAAUGAGUAUGACUGGCCCAGACCUAAAUCGCUGGAACAUUCUGGCGUGUAACGUCAUUUAUAGGUUCUAGAUGCUGAGUAGGAGGUAUUCAUAUAGACUUCUGCAUGGUUCUGUAUUGUACUGUAGUCGCUUUGUUUUGUUUUUUUGGUAGAGGGGUGUAUGGUGGAGGGUUGGGUUCGAUUGCUGUUAUUUUAAGGGGUUGGAUGUGUACGCGUUCUUCUUUUUGUCAUUACCUCUACUUAGACAGUUUAGCCACGGUUCUCUCAGUUUUUCUCUAUGGCCCAUGUUUGAAUUGUCCAGAAAACCUUUCUCCCAUGCUGCAAUGAUGCCAGGCGGUUGGUGUUCGGUGACAUCGUCAUGGCUACAGUCUUUACCCAACCACGUAUUCUGCCACUCACUUCAGUUGACACUCAUUCCAGAUAUCCAUUCCAAGUCAUGCAGAAAGACGCAUAUAAUCACUAAAUGAACAUGACCUUUGCUCUUUCUUAUUGCCAGAGGUUUUCCCCUAAACUGGAAAAUCUGACAGUUUAUAGCACCUCGCUACAGCUAGUCAAUCUGACAGUUUUUCCCCAUAGUUUUACCGUGGGUUGGCAUUCCGCUUUAACAGCCCUCUUUGUUUCCUCAUUUAACACGGAAGGCCCAUGAGCUGGGCUGGGUUCAUACGGUUUCCUUUAUCUGGGUCUUGGACCCUUGUAACACUCAGGUGAAGUCGUGUGUAUGUCGUUCUCAGUGCCGUCUAACCACUACUUCUCAUGCUGCUACAGAUUGCAAUAUGGAUGUUCAGACAGGACGACCCCUCCGCAUUGUCAUGAACACACACUCAUUUCAUUCCCAUUUAAACACCUGUCCUUCCCUAACCUUAACCCCCUAACCGUAACCCCCAAACCCUAACCGUAACCCCCAAACCCUAACCGUAACCC